AUGGCCACGACAGACUUCAUCGCUUCGGACCGCGGCGGCGUCGUCGAAAAUCGACACACCGUCCACGCUGCCGUCACCGACGCCGCAGGCAACCUCCUCUAUGCAGUCGGCGACCCGUAUCGAAUGACCCUCGUCCGCUCAGCAGCCAAACCCGCACAAGUCCUCGCAAUUCUAGAAACAGGCGCAGUGGAAAAAUUCAAUUUCGACUCAGCCGAUAUAGCUUUCAUGUGCGCCUCGAAUAGCAGCGAAAAACAGCACAUCGCUCGCGCCCGGGGUAUGUUAUCAAAAGUCUCUGCUUCAGAGACAGAUCUCCGCUGCGGUGGACAUCCUCCUCUUUCUGAGGCUGUGCAGCGCGCUUGGAUCAAGAGUGAUUUCACCCCGACUCCAAUUUGCAGCAAUUGUUCUGGUAAACAUGUUGGGAUGAUUGCGGGUGCGAAAUUGCUAGGUGGAGACGUGGGCGAGUAUCACCUCUCUACACAUCCUGUCCAAAUGCAUGUCAGACGUGUUGUUGAGGAUGUCUGUGGUCUCAAGGAGGACGGGGCUGUGUGGGGUCUUGAUGGGUGUAAUUUGCCUGCACCGGCUUUUGAGUUGCAUUACUUGGCUCGUAUGAAUGCGAAGUUUGCUGCGGCGGCGGAUAUAGCGUCGGGUGAUGAUGCGUCGUUGAGGACGCAGGCGUUGAGUCGGGUUUUCCAUGCUAUGUGGCAAUAUCCUGAGCUUGUCGCGGGAGAGGGUCGAUUUUGCACGAUUCUCAUGAGUGCGUUCCGAGGUCUGUUGAUUGGGAAGCUUGGGGCGGAUGGCUGCUAUGGGAUUGGGAUUCGGGAGUGUGAGCAAACAAGAUGUCUUGGGGCUGAGGGUGCGAUUGGUAUUUCAGUGAAGAUCGAAGAUGGCAACAUUGGUGUUCUUUACUUGGCCGUGGCGGAGAUUUUGGAGCAGCUUAAGAUCGGAGAGCCUGAGAUGCGUCAGGCACUCUCUUCCUUUCACCAGCAGAAGAUUUUAAAUACUGUCAAUGUUCAGACUGGGAAGUAUUCGCCCUGCUUUCAAGUGCGGGCAAUUUGA